GAUGAGGUAGUGGAGAGUCCGACGAAACGUGCUCUUCCUGCGGGUGAAGUUCAUGCUGCUGACCGGCCAGUGACGGGUAGUGAACUAAGACAGCUGCUCCAACUGCACGCCUCCGAGAUGAAAGAAGCAUGGCGCACCUUCGAGAGCCGGUUGGACAAAGCAGAGCACGCUCAACAAAAGCAAGUGGGCGAAAUCGCAUCUUUGUCGGGCAGGGUGAAAAUCAACGAGAAGGACAUUCGGGAUGUUAAGAAACAGCAGGAGACCCUCCAGCCCAAGCUCGACUCACUCACUGAGGACGUCCGGAACCUGAAGGUGCAGCUUGAUGAGGUGAAGAACCAGCCGAUUCCGGGAGCUCGUGGGGGUGACCCUGCUCAGGCCCUUGCACGUCAAGGGGGAGGAGCCGGAGAUUCUGCGGUGCCUGUCACGGACAACCACCCUGGGACCAACAGUGGGGGUGAUGUUCUUUCUGAAGAGGACCAGCGCACACUGAUCAUGGAGGGUUGGCUCCAGGACACGCGCAGGGCAAUGAUCGAAACCGAGGCGGACAUUGUGUUCAAGCUGCCGGAGCUCGAGGGCCUCUUUGACGUUGACAAGAUUGCCGUCUUCGGUCCACGUCGCAGCGUCGGGAUGGUGAAGUUUGUUGUUCGCAAUGGGGAGACUAUUGGCCAAAUGAGGGAGAGGAUGUGGAAAGUGAUUCGCACAGUCUCGCAAGCCAAGCUGAUGUUCCCCAGCACGAAAAACAUGGGGGAGGAGAAGCAGGUCUGGAUGUCGUUCAUGAAGACGCGAACAGCGAGGACGAGGACCGCCCUUAUCAGCAUGGUUCGCCGUGUGACCAUAGGGCUGGCCAUGGACGCCAAGGACGAAGGUGGGGGUGUGGUGCACAUGGAACAUACACAGAUGUCGGCUUACGAUAUGGAUUGGAGCGCAGGCACGAUUUGGUGCGGAGUCCAUAAGAUUGCGUCCGCUACCCACAGAGGACCCAAAGAUGCAGAGGUGAUAACGAUGCAUGGUGGGUGGGUCAAUCUUGAUGCAGUCGGACAG